AUGGGGGAGAAACUGGGCAGCAUCCUCGUUGACCUUGUCAAAGAGGGUCUUCCGGCGUCAUCUAUUCACAUAGUGGGUCACAGUCUAGGCGCACAAAUCUCCGGGUUCACGGGCAAACAGUUCUUGAACCUGACCGGGCGGCGCGUGGGCCGCAUCUCGGGGCUAGACCCAGCGGGGCCGUGCUUCUCCAACCUGGAGCCGGAGCUGAAGCUGAACGCCAAUGACGCGGACUACGUAGACGUCAUACAUACUAACGGUGGAGUCGCCGGGUUGAAGGAACCCGUCGGACAAGUGGACUACUACCCGAACGAGGGUGAACAGCAGCCUAACUGUUUAAUAGCCUCAUGUAGCCACAACCGCGCGUGGGAGGUGUUCGGGGAAUCUCUGUACAACGAGACAGCGUUCCCGGCCGUACGAUGUGACAGCUGGGAACAAUUCAAGAAAGGGAACUGCAGUGGUAUAAGGUAACAAGAAUUUUCCUGUCAUAUGAAAUAGGUUCACUCAAUUAUCAUUGGAAUGUUUUAGUCUAUCAAAACGGUUACUCUAAAUCUAAUAUGGUGAACAGCGCAAAAUGACGACAUAUCAUUUUCUUAGACAGUAUGUAUACAAAACGAAAGGAUUAUUCGAGUGGGAAU